GCCAACCCAGGGCAGGGUGGUUUGAACACCAGUGCAGUACGGGCUGGGACGGACAUCAUCUUAUCUCUGUCUCUACUGAUUCAAAUUACAUGUAACUUAUUCCCUCAAAAAAAUUACAUGUAGUUUAUUCAGUUCUACAGCAGCCAAGGGUGGGGCAUCGCACCAACGACGGUGACUGCAAUGAGGGGACAUGCCGAUGUUCGUGUCGGCGCCGGAGACCGUGACCACAACUCGGGGGCAAGGUGUUGGUGUCAGCGACAUCGCCCGUGUUGGCCCCUUGAGUUUUGGACAUGCCGUGCUCUGGUUCUGGAAGCUUCCAUUCCCAUCAAGCCCCUCGAGCAGCCUUCAGUUUGGAUCUAGGUGCUUCUGGCUGUUUCUGGAGUUCAGGUUCAAGUUAACCAUGGAGAGAAGCCAAGAAGGACGAGAUUGUCAAGUCAGCGAUCGAGGUGCAGGCAGACGUGAGAGACAUCUGGAUAGAUUCUUCCGACCAAAAAAGAUGAUUGGAAAGGCUCUUUCCAAGCAUAAGAUAUAUUAAUAUUGGGGAAGUCUCCCAUAUACUGCUCGAGGUCGGGAAGGUGCGGAGACUGCUAGAGGAAGCGUUGGAGGCCGAGCGCAGCAGCAAUGAUGAUCUGCUACUGGUGCUGGACCAUGCCAAGAUUGAUGAGUUGAAGGCGAGAACAAACUACUAUACUACCCAGCAACUUAUAUAGAGAUAUGGUCUUGAUCCUACUCAAGCUCGUCGACACCGAUGUCAUGGUAGCUGCUUCUGCGAGUCUCUUGUCAUCUUCUUCGCUGCCGGCUUGGUAAA